AUGUCUUUGUUUGAUAACUACGAGACCGACUUCAAGCUGGCCUUUUCGGAGGCCCAACAAAAGCUGAAUCAAAUAUAUGGGCUGGCAGAUCAAAAUACACGCGUGGACCUCAUGAGAGAGGUGGAAAAGCUCAUAGACGAUGGUUAUGACCUUAUCGACUCCAUGUCUCUAGAAGUGCACCAGCUUGCCACCCAUCAAAGAUCUUCCUACAAUGCCAAGACUAGAACGUAUAAACAAGAUCUAGAAAGACUCAAGUCGGACCUCAAAUCGCUGAUGGAUGAUAACGAUAGAGUGAAUCUUUUGGGAGUCGGCAGCCAAGACGACUACAACCAAAGACAGAAACUGCUCAACUCUCAUUCCUCAAUUGACAGGUCCACGCAAAGGCUCAAUGAGGCUACGCGAACAGCUCUGGAAACCGAAACGGUCGGUACCGGUAUUUUAGAUAACCUCCGUUCGCAGAGAGAGCAGAUCUUGAAUGCGCGCGAAACUUUAACCGAGGCCGACACCUACGUCGACAGAUCGCUCGCUACUUUGAAAACGAUGACUCGCCGCCUUGCAACAAACAAGAUGAUCACCUAUGGAAUCAUCGCUGUUCUUAUAAUGUUGAUCUUCCUAACAAUUAUCAGCAAAUUCAAUUAA